AUAUGACGACGAGCAUGGAAAAAUACAAGAAUUUAUCAGAUUUUCUCAAGAGAUUCUACAUUCCUUCGUACGUUCUCUCACCUGAUGAAGCCGAGCCUUUGGUGCAACCUAGUAGUAGUACUCCACCGGAGAGCCCGAUCCUCGUAUUCAUCAACUCCAAAAGCGGAGGUCAACUAGGAGCUGAACUCAUCCUUACCUACCGCACUCUGCUCAACGAUAAGCAGGUUUUUGAUCUAGAGGCAGAGACUCCGGAUAAGGUGCUGCAGAGAAUUUAUCUUAAUCUAGAGAGGCUAAAGGACGAUGGUUUCGCUUGCAAGAUUCGAGACAAGUUGAAAAUAAUCGUUGCAGGGGGAGAUGGAACAGCUGGUUGGCUCCUUGGAGUUGUCUCUGAUCUUAAAUUAUCUAAUCCACCACCAGUUGCUACGGUUCCUUUGGGUACAGGAAACAACCUUCCAUUUGCAUUUGGAUGGGGUAAGAAAAAUCCUGGAACAGGUAGGUCUUCCGUGGAGUCCUUUUUGGAUCAAGUGAUCAACGCAAAAGAGAUGAAGAUAGACAAUUGGCACGUACUUGUGAGGAUGAAGGCACCGGAAAAAGGCUCUUGUAAUCCUAUGCCACCUCUUGAGCUACCGCAUGCAUUUCAUAGUGUUUUACCAUCAGAUCAAGAAUAUAUGGAAGGUUACCAAACAUUUCGUGGGGGAUUCUGGAAUUACUUUAGCCUUGGAAUGGAUGCUCAAGUAUCUCAUGAAUUUCAUUCCCAGAGAAAACGUCACCCAGAAAAGUUUAAAAACCAGCUGGCUAAUCAGGUUUACAUACCCUUUUUUUUUUUUUAACCUUGUCUUGAUCAAGUGAUGUGGCUC